AUGGCCGACAUCGAGAUCACCAUGUCCGAGGAGCAGAAGGCUCCCCAGUCUCCCUUUCAGAACGUUCGUACCAAUGGUCGCGCUUUCAACUCCCCCAACUGGCGCAUGAAGAGCGAGGCCGGCAGUCCCAGAGCUUCUCCCUCCUCUUCCACCCGCACCAACACAUAUCGCACCACCCCCCCGGCCAUCUCUGAGGGCCGCCGAUUGUAUGUCGGCAACAUGCCCUACACGGCCAAGUCGGAGGAUGUUGAAGCGCUGUUCAGCGCGGCAGGAUUUGCUAUCGAGCGUGUGGACAUUGCCGUCGACCCUUUCACCGGCCGAAACCCCUCCUACUGCUUUGUCGACCUGAAGACCAAGGAGGACGCCGAGCGAGCCAUGAUUGAGCUCGAUGGUAAAGAGAUGCAGGGCCGUCCGGUCCGAAUCAAACCCGGGGUGGCCAAGUCUCAGUCUGAGCGGGCUCCUGAGCAGCCAGUGCGCACACCAUUUGCCAUGAGCCGCUGGCGUUCCCCCGAGAGCAGCCCUUCCACCCACCACACCAACACCGCCCGGGUCAACAGCAGCGAUGCGAGCCAGCGAGUAUAUGUGGGAGGUCUGCCCCGUCUGACAGAGCCUGAAAGUGUGCAGAGCCACAUGAAGGCUUUCUUCCAAGGAUACAACGUUGAGACCGUCAGCAAGGUCUUCUCCCCUCAUCCCGCCAAGCGAUUCGAGCCUGGUGACCACUACUAUCUGUUUGUUGACCUGAGCAGUGUCGAGGAGGCACAGCGGGCCAUGGACACACUCAACGGGCAGCAAGGCCCUUGGGGAGGACCUCUGCGGGUGCAGCGAGCCCGGGGCACCACCAACACCAAGCCCGAGGGCGAAUCCUCAUCGACCGGGCCGGAGGAGUCCCUGUAG